AGUCUCCGGCUGACGUCACUUCCGUCAGAAGAGGGCGGGAAGGUGUCGCUCUAGGCUGCGAGCUCGUCUGCUCCGAAGUCACAGCGGAGUGCGCGCGCCGACUGGUGACCCCUGAGGAGAUCCAACCUGGCUCCUUCCUCCCUCUUCUGGCGGUUUCUGAGACGCGCUAGGCUGGCGCCGCGACAGAGAAAAGGCAUUACCCGUGCCCGGAACUGCCAGGAGCCCGCCGAGCCGCGGGGAGCCCCGGCUGGAGCGAUGCCGCGGAAGCGGCGGCGGCGAGGCGGCGCUCCCCCGCGGGAGGAGGGCUGGGCCGGCGGGCGCAGCGCCUUCCCCUUCGGCCUGCUGCCCGUGGACUGUCAGCUGCACAUCUUCUCGUUCCUGACGGAGGCGGAGAAGUGCACGGCGGCCGAGGUGUGCCGCGCCUGGAGCCAGCUGAUGCGCACGCCCCGCCUGUGGCGCACGGCCGACUUCAUGCGGCUCGGAGCCUUCCAGUCGGGCCUGGAGGUGGUGCUGGUGUCGGCGCGAGAGUUUGAGCGCUGGAAGGACUGGGUGCACCAGUACGCCUACCACCUCAUGGCCCGCGGGGCCAGCCUGCUGCGGCUCCGAGCCAGCUUCGACCUGGCCGACCAGGGCGCCCGCUGGGCCGAUUUCCUCACCGGCUUCCUGGAGGGCGUCCACUGCGGGGAUCUGCGGGACCUGGAGCUCAACUGGACCCUGACGCACCUGGAGCCGCCAGACUUCUACCCGCCGGGCACGUGCAGCAUGACCCAGGUGAGCCUCACCAAGCUGGACCAGAUCCACAACUUCCAGGUGCUGCUGGAGAGGCUGCUGGUCAGGGCACCCCGCCUCAGCCGGGCCAAGCUACCCUUUGACUGGUCUGCCCGAUCAGUGGCACUGCUCACCCGCUUCCAGCAGCUUCGCACCCUGGAGCUCAAAUAUUUCUGGAGCUUCAAGGGUGUGUGUCCAGAUACCAUGCAGGAACUGACCAAGGCACUGCCUAACCUUAAGACCCUAGUCCUGCACGUGCUUGUGCCUGUCAAGGACCUGGGUGUAUCCUAUGCACUUGAGUCCCGAUCCCUGGAAACUCUGGAUGUGUCCCAGAGCCGGGGCCUAGUUUUCCGUCACCUUGACCUGCCAGCACUUAAAGCUCUUCGGGUAAAGAAGACAGUCCGGGGAAUCAUCCUCAACUGCCGCACACGCUUGGCCCUGCAAAGCCGCUGGGCCUGCCUCUACACACUUCUGUGCCGUGGGACCCCCAAUCUUCGAGUCCUCAAUAACCAGACCUUGCUGCCUCACUGGCGGGAGGAGGCCUAUAAGGAACUGCACGCCUUAUUACUUCAGGCCUGCUAUUGUACCCGCCACUCAGAUACCUGGCUUCUAUGAGGGUGGUCAGGGGAGGUUCCCCCCCACCCCAUCGUCCUUAGCUCUCAGGGUAUGGGCUCACCAAGCAGUAGGGAAAUCAGUUACCCUGCCCCUCAGACACACUGGGUUGGAAGUGAGGGAAGUGGGGUUAGGGCUGACGGAAUGCUGAACAGGGGAGGCUGGGUUCGGUGGGACUGUUUGUAACAGAGGAGACCUUUACGUUGCUAUUGCCUUUA